GCGAGAGCGAGAGAGAGAGAGAGAGAGAGAGAGGGGAUGAAUAACAGCAGCGGCAGUAGUAGGAGGGAGGAGGCAUGGAGACAGCAGCAGCUGAUCCUGCAGGCGAAGAAGGCGAGGUCGUACCCUUGCGGCUUCUGCAGGAGGGAGUUCCGGUCGGCGCAGGCCCUCGGCGGCCACAUGAACGUCCAUCGGAGGGACAGAGCCAGGCUCAGGCUCACCCAUCAACCUGAUGCAGCUCUGAUCGCCUCCCCCUCCACCAAGUCGACGCCGCCUCUUCUUCCCAACCUCAACUACCCUCCUCCUCCUCCACACGACGGUGCCAGCAGCAGCUCACCGCCGCACUUGCCCCGCCCUCCAGCUGACGCCGACGCCGACGCCGACGCCGGUCUCGACCUUGAGCUUAGGCUCGCCUUCUUCUAAUUAAUUAAUCUAGCUGCUACUACUGUCUACUUGCAUUGCUAUCUCCCACCUAUAGCUUAAUUAUA